CAAGACGGCAAACUGAAAGCGCUUCAGUUCCAAAACCCUAAUCUCCUCCGUAAACCCUUUCUCCCUCCCUCUCUCAGAUCCUCACAUCUUCAAUGGCGUCGUUUGAGCGUUUCGACGACAUGUGCGACAUUAGACUAAAGCCUAAGAUUCUCAGAAACCUUCUGUCCGACUAUGUCCCCGACGAGAAGCAGCCUCUCGUCGACUUCCAAUCACUCUCCAAGGUUGUAUCCACUAUCUCCACCCACAAGCUCUUAUCUGAGGACCAGAAGCUUCACGCUAAGUCGAAAUCAGCCGUUGAUGAAUGGGUUGAGAGGUUGCUGGCUCUGGUUUCUUCAGACAUGCCAGAUAAAUCAUGGGUGGGUAUCGUUUUGAUUGGAGUGACUUGUCAAGAAUGUAGCUCGGAUCGUUUCUUUAGUUCCUACUCUGUUUGGUUCAACAGUUUGCUCUCUCAUGUUAAGAAUCCAGAAAGUUCUAGAAUUGUUCGAGUGGCUUCGUGUACUUCAAUCUCUGAUCUCCUUACAAGGCUGUCUAGAUUUUCGAAUACGAAGAAAGAUGCAGUUUCACACGCUGCCAAAGUAAUCUUGCCAGUCAUUAAACUAUUGGAAGAAGAUUCUUCAGAAGCACUAUGGGAAGGCAUUGUCAAUCUGCUGAGUACAAUUGUUAUCUUGUUUCCUGCUGCCUUCCACAGUAGUUAUGACACGGUUGAAGAAGCUAUUGCCUCUAAAAUAUUUUCUGCGAAAACCAGUUGUAGUUUAUUAAAGAAACUUGCGCACUUUCUAGCAUUGCUUCCCAAAGCUAAUAAAGGAGAAACGGCCAGCUGGUGCUUAAUGAUGCAGAAGCUGUUGAUAUCUAUAAACGUUCAUUUAGAUAAUUUUUUCCAAGGUCUAGAAGAAGAAACAACAGGGAAGAAAGCAAUCCAACGAUUGGCUCCUCCUGGAAGAGACGCUCCUUUGCCCUUUGGAGGUCAGAAUGGGAGUUUGGAUGAUGCAGUGUGGAACUCUGAACAGUUGAUUGUAUCCAGAGUUUCUGCACUUAUGUACUGCUGCUCAGUGAUGCUAACUAGCUCCUACAAAUGCAAGCUUAACAUUCCAGUUGCCUCGUUAGUAUCCCUCGUUGAGCGAGUGCUGGCGGUGAACGGCUCUCUACCAAAAGCCAUGUCACCUUUCAUGACAGGGAUCCAACAAGAAUUGGUUUGUGCAGAGCUUCCCACUUUGCAUUCUUCGGCUCUGGAACUCUUGCGUGCUACCAUUAAAAGUAUCCGCAGCCAACUUUUACCAUAUGCUGCAUCUGUGGUGAGACUUGUUAGCAGUUACUUCAAGAAAUGUUUAUUGCCAGAACUGAGGAUAAAGCUAUACACAAUCACCAAAACCUUGCUCAAAUCCAUGGGUCUAGGAAUGGCAAUGCAACUGGCAAACGAAGUUGUCUCAAAUGCCUCUGUGGAUCUAGACACGAAAACCGUAGAAGGGUCUGAUGUGGUUUCCAGCACAAAUCCGAGAGCUGUUGUCAAGGCUGGCAGUAAAAAAAGAAAGCAUUCAACUAAUAGAGGAGUGGAGGCAGAGAAUGCUGCUUUUGAAGUGGGAAUCCCUCACAAUCACUCGAGUAGCCCUAUCUCAUUGAAGAUAGCAGCUCUGGAGGCCCUAGAAAAUUUUCUCACAACUGGUGGUGCAUUGAGAUCGGAUAGCUGGAGAGACCGUGUUGAUAAGCUUCUAAUGAUGACAGCGAGAAAUGCUUGUGAAGGAAGAUGGGCCAAUGCUGAAACCUACCAUUAUCAACCAAAUAAGUCGGCCGCAGAUCUAGUUGAGUUUCAGGUUGCAGCACUCCGAGCCUUUUUGGCAUCCCUCGUUUCUCCAUCAAGAGCACGCCCUGCAUACUUAGCUGAAGGGCUUGAGCUUUUCCAAACAGGUAAGUCUGAGGGAGAGAUGAAAGUUGCUGGAUUCUGUGCUCACGCUCUCAUGUCCCUUGAAGUUGUUAUACAUCCUCGGGCACUUCCACUCGAGGGUCUCCCAUCAGUUAGCGACCAAUUCCCGGAAAGCAAUUCUCUGGCCAGCCUAAAACACAACACACCUAAUCUGAAUAAUGGUGAUAAUCUAUUCAAAGAAUGGACGGCAAACGUGGAUGUUCCCUCUAACAACGAGAUUCUGAGGAAUGUUGACUCGACUUUAGCUCUCCAAGAGGCUAAAAGAUUGAAACGUGGGAACGAUUUAGCCAUUGUGGAUUCUCUGAGUGGCCAAGAUCAUACAGAUAUUGUUGGAUCAGAGAAUGUUCAACAAGCUGAUGUGCGUAAGAAGGUUCCUGAAUCACCUAAGGAAUCUCUAGGACAUGUUUCAGAGAGAGAUGAUAUGGCUCCGGAAGAAGUUUAUCGAGAAGUAGUGAGUGAGACUCAAGAGGGAGAGGGUUUAGCGGUUAAGGAUAGUAUCAUGGAGGAAGCAGUAGUUGUUAAGAAACGAGAGUCCUUGGAUGAUGAAUCUGAUGAUGAUUCUAUUCCGAGUCUUAAGGCAGAUGAUUAUCUCUCUUCUGAUUCUGAUAUUGAAUCUUAAUGCCAGACAGAAGAUUUCACAAAGCAGUCUCUUUUUUUUCUUUGAAAGUUUUGAUCAUGAUUUUCUUUCCUUUUGAAGAUACUUUCGCUGAAUAGUUCCCAACUAUAUAAUUCAAAAUUUUCAAGUGUUUAGUUUAUUUA